CAUCCCCACUGAGCGUGAAAACAGCUGGAAAAGAAAAACUGAAGCCUACUUUGCUGAAACCUAAUUUUACAGGAGUCGUAUUUAUAGUAUGUUACAAGGGUGAUAGUAAUUAUACAAUAUUUUCAUAUUCAGCAGAGAACAGUAAUGAAUUAUGAAACUUGCAACACCACAAUCCAAGCGAACAGUGUGUUGCCGGCGACUGAGGAAAGUAACUGCGAAUCAGCACCUUUACUGGGAAAUGCUGCCAGGGCUCCAGGCCACACCGGGGCCUCCUUCUGCUCCUCGGUCUUCAACCUGAUGAACGCCAUCAUGGGGAGUGGCAUUCUGGGCCUGGCCUACGCCAUGGCAAACACCGGCAUCGUGGGCUUCUGCAUCCUGCUUCUGCUGGUCUCCAGUCUCGCCUCGUACUCCAUUCACCUUCUCCUCAAGCUGUGUGACCAAACGGCCAUCACUUCAUAUGAAGACCUGGGCUUAAGGGCCUUUCAGAAGCCUGGCAAAGUUCUGGUUGCAAGCACAAUUCUCAUCCAGAAUAUUGGAGCCAUGUCAUCCUACAUGUUCAUCAUUAAAACGGAACUUCCUGCUGCCAUCACCAGCUUCCUGAGCUCAGAGCAUUCUGGGAAUGCCUGGUACCUGGAUGGCAGGACGCUGGUGGUGCUGGUGACUCUGUGUGUGGUGCUGCCCCUUGCCCUGCUGCCCAAGAUUGGAUUCCUGGGCUACACCAGCAGCAUCGCCUUCCUCUUCAUGCUCUACUUUGCCAUCGUGAUUGUGAUAAAGAAAUGGUCCAUCCCCUGUCCUCUCCCUCAGAACCUGACUCUGGCUGCCACUCAGUUCUCCAAUUCCUCUGACUCGGAAUGCAUUCCCAAACUCUUUGUCAUUUCCAGUAAGAGUGCCUACGCUGUCCCCACGAUGGCCUUCUCCUUCCUGUGCCACACAGCUGUGCUGCCCAUUUACUGCGAGCUGCAUCGGCCCUCCAAGAAAAAGAUGCAGAACGUUGCCAAUGUGGGGAUCUCUCUGAGCUUCCUCGUCUACCUAGUCUCCGCCCUGUUUGGCUACCUCACUUUCUACGAGCAUGUGGACUCCGAGCUGCUGCAGGGAUAUGAUUGGUACCUGCCCCGUGACGUGCUGGUGAUGUCCGUCCGUCUGGCCAUCCUGCUGGCUGUGCUGCUCACCGUACCACUCAUCCAUUUCCCCGCCCGGAAGUCGGCCAUGAUGCUGGCUCUGGGGAACCGGCCCUUUUCCUGGCUCAGCCACUGCCUGGUCACCAUCACACUCCUUUCCCUGGUCCUGCUGCUGGCCAUCUAUGUCCCGGACAUUAGGAACGUGUUCGGGGUGGUGGGGUCUACCACAUCCACCUGUCUGCUGUUUGUGUAUCCAGCACUGUUCUACCUCCGCAUCAGCACUGACCCCCUCAAGUCUCCCCAGGCCCUAGCGGCUGUGGCUCUGCUGGUGUUUGGAGCUUUUGUGGGGCUUCUGAGUUUGUGUGUCAUCAUCAUCUCCUGGGCUCAGAAUCCCUGAAGGACUGGCACAGCCUCAUACCAAAAUGAGACGCAGGCAGCACACAGGGGAAGCGUGGCUUUGGAAGCGCAGAUCACCGUGCAUGAAGUCAAAAGGCAACAGAGAAAGAAAGGGCUCACAAUCUCGGCACGUACAGGAAGUUUUAAGGGGCAUCACCAUGACCACACAGGAAAGACUUCAAAGGACAUGCUGAGAGCAGGAAACAGGACAGUGAAAAAUUAGGUUGAGGGAAGCAAUGUUCAUCCAUAGAUGGGCGGCAUUAUUUUCUUCAGCUGGCUGGUGCUAAAGGGACAGUUUCAGGAACUUUCAAGAUUCAAGAACUUUAUUGUCAUUGUGCAAGCACAACGACAUUGCAACUUUGACUGACAGCUUGGAUCAUUGUGUGAGCAGUCUCCCCAGGCUUCCAUUCUCCUUGAACCUUGUGGCUCCUCAGAGUUUUCUAUGAAGAAAGAAGCCCAUUUUCUUCUGUAAUUUCACUACAGUUAGGUGUAUGCCAGACAAUUAUGUGACAUGUGGCUCAGUUUGAAUG